AGUGACUUCUUGUUGACACGAGUUUCUCCGCAGCUCCUCAAACCGGGAGACGUCACGCACGCCUGCUCCGCCAGGGCCUCUGACCGGGAGCACUGGGAGCACUGGGAGCACCGGGACACGUGCUCUGCUGACGAUGGUGCAGGUGCUUGAGACGUGGCUGUGUGGUUUGUCUAACGAGGAGAGUGACAGCAUCUUAACGGGCUCUUAAAACCAAGAUUCCUGUAGCGAGAGCCAGACGGACGAGGGGCAGCCACCAUCACCUCCGUCCUCACAGAUGUAGGCCCAACGAUGCAGGAUGGGUCUACCUGUGGUCAGCCCGGACAAAUACGGCGAUGUGCUUAAAUGUGAGCUGCGAGGAGAGGAGGGCGAGAGCCAGAGUGAAGCCUGCACCCCCAUCAGGCCGCCUGUCAUCAAGAAGAGGAGGAAAGGCAAGAAGAGAUGACUGUGGAUCAGCCUCACCAACUGCAAGUAUGAAAGUGUGCGACGAGCUGCCUGCAGGUUCGGCCUCAAGGAGGUGGCGGAGGGCGAGGACUGGACGCUGUUUUGGACGGACUUCUCCGUGACUCUACUCCGCGUUAAGGACAUGAAGUGUUACCAGAAAAUAAACCAUUUCCCAGGGAUGAAUGAGAUCUGCCGCAAAGAUUUACUGGCAAGAAACAUGAACCACAUGCUCAAGCUCUUCCCCAAAGACUACGGCAUCUUCCCCCGGACGUGGUGCCUUCCCGCAGAUUACAGCGAGUUCCAAGCGUACACCAGGGCCAAAAAACACAGGACGUAUAUCUGUAAGCCAGACGCCGGUUGCCAGGGCAAAGGCAUCUUCAUCACCAAGUCGAGUAAAGACAUUCCAGCUGGAGAACACAUGAUCUGCCAGGUGUACAUCUCCAGGCCUUUCAUUAUUGACGGGUUCAAGUUCGACUUGCGUAUUUACGUGCUGGUGACGUCGUGUGACCCGUUCAGCGUGUUCAUGUUCAAGGAGGGACUGGCUCGCUUCUGCACCACACACUACAACGAGCCCAAGCACGGCAACGUGGAUGACGUGUGCAUGCAUCUCACCAACUACUCAAUCAACAAGAACAGUGAGAGGUUUGUCCGUGACGAGGACACUGGCAGCAAACGAAAACUGUCCACGCUGAACAAGUACCUGGAGUCCAUCAGCUGCAACACGGAGAAGAUGUGGAGCGACAUCGAGGACGUGAUCAUAAAGACGCUGAUCUCCGCUCAGCCGACCCUCAAGCACAACUACCAGACCUGCUUCCCCAACCACACCAGCGGCAGCGUCUGCUUCGAGAUCCUGGGCUUCGACGUGCUGCUGGACCACCGCCUGCGACCCUGGGUGCUGGAGGUGAACCACUCACCGAGUUUCACCACCGACUCCCAGCUGGACCGCGAGGUGAAGGAUGCCUUGUUGUACGACACCCUGGUUCUCAUCAACUUGGGCGCCUGCGACCGCCGCAAGAUCACCAAGGAGGAGAGACGCAGGGUGAAGGACCGGCUGGAGCAGAACCACACCCGAGAGGCCAGGCUGGAGGAGCUGCGGCAGUGCCAGGCGGCCACGGUGGAGCAGAUGGAGCAGUACGAGGCCGACAACCUGGGAGGCUUCAAGAGGAUCUACCCCCGACACGGAGCGGAGAAAUACGACAAGUACUUCAAACACAGCAACGUCCUCUUUCAGAAGACGGCCGCGUCCCAGGCCAGAGAGGACUGCUCCAGGCAACAACUGCAGGAGCUGCGUCUGAAGGAGGAGAAGGAGAAGGAGAGGGAGCAGAGGGGGGGUCGGAGGAGAGACCUGCAGGGGGAGACGGCGGGGGAGCGGGUCAGACGGCGACAGACACCAGCUCGAGUCCCCCCCACACGGCCGCCUCGUCUAUCCCGGCUGGUGGAGGAUCCUGAAGCUGCGCACGUCCGAGCGGAGAAGCAGAAGCAGGAGGAGGAGGAGGCGGCGGAGGUGGAGGAGCAGCAGCGGGUGGAGGCCCUUCUCCAGAGGAAGAAACUACUGCAGGACCUGGGGGUGGUGGAGCAGAUCCGGCAGCUGCUGCAGGGCCCGGCAGGGAGAGACCCCCAGCAGAGGAAGCAGCCGAGACGCCAGGAGACCAAGUUUGACCCUGUGAUGCAGUUUCCCCAAAGGCAGCAGCAGCCGCCGCCGCCGCCGCCGCCCGGGCCUCAGACCACACGGCAGGUACACGACCAGGGACGCCAACAGCGUGUGCUCAGGCCCCCGGCGGAGCAGAGCGGCCCGAACCAGUCCGUCUGUCCGCUGCUCGAGAGCCACAACAGAGCUGGAGACGCUCCCAGCACCAUCAGCACCAUCAACACCAUCAACACCACCACCAUCAGCACCAUCAGCACCAUCAGCACCCAGCGGAUACACUGGUCAGUCAGCAGAUCUCUGGACGUGUGGCAGGAGAGCAGGAGGAGCUCCGUCUCCGACACCCGGCUCAGCGUCUCCACCGUACACCCCCCCGCUGCCCUGCAGAGCCUGCUCGUCAUCUCCAGAGCCCCACUGGUCCGGAGGCCUGGCUUCUCUCAGGCCAGGGGCCCCCGGCACAGCAGAGGCCAGCGACGAGCGGGGGCCACGGACUGACGCCGCUUCGCGUUUUAAAUCCACUUUGCAGGAGCGGGACGUGAAGAGAGCCGGAGGUAGAGAGGCCGUAAACUGUGAUGAUACAGAGACUCACUGUGCCGAUGAUGAAUGGGUCACGUUCGCAGACUUUUAUAUGUGGACUCCUGCAGUUUGCUCCGCUCGCCACCUCACAGCAUCACCUGCAGCACAGCAGAGAACAAGUUAUGGCUUUUUUUAUGUUUUAUACCAGUGUGUGUGUGUGUGUGUGUGUGUGUGUUUGCUCAGAAAUGUGAAAUAUAUUGCCGUCUGUGCCAAAAUAAAAGCACACAAGCCUCAUUUAACACAGUUUAACACAGUGUGUGAUUCAGAUCUGCACGUUUCCUCUGAAAAGCACCAGAAUCUACUUAACUCGCUGAUUGUUGGGUUUUGAUAUGAGCUUCAAUCACGUCAGUAAACUCUAACUGACUAUUAGGACACAUUAGACAUUAAGGUUUGACUAAUUAAUUAUAAGAUUUCAUUUAAGCUGAAGCAUGUUAUGAGGAAAGGCCUGUUGCUUCUCAGCUCCGUGGAAUUUGAGGUCAAGUAUCGAAAAUAACUUUAUUUGCACUGAUGAUCAAUAAAAUGUACUUUUUUUUUUA